AUGUCCGUGUCAUCCUCCACUUCAUCGCUUCUCUCGAUGGACUCGAAGGCUCCAUGGCCCGAUUUCAUUAUCAAGAGACUGGAAUGGCCCGCUAGUGGCGUUCGGUUCUCGUUUCGUGAUCGCUACCUCAAUCCAGACAAGUUGUCGCUUUGGCUUCAUACAUCUUUUGGGCCGGGAAAGGCAAAGUUCGCGCUAUACAAUAGCCACUAUUAUGUCAUGGCACCGAGGAAGCCAAACAAGCAAAAGUGGAUCGGUCCGGAACGGCACGAUGUGGACCGAGCGUUGACUUCAAGUGUCUUGGGUCACCGCAAGGGCCAAGAUAUGAAGACUUAUAGGUAG